AUACUGUAGAAAACAACGAUGAUUACCGAGUUGAUAACGACGUCGUAUCUAACUACGACAGUCCUGACGUGCAUCGUGGGAUACCUCGUAGUCCAACUGCUGCGUCGCAAACGAUACAAGCUUCCACCUGGUCCAAAAGGUUGGCCCAUCAUCGGGUCCUACCUGACGCUAACAUCGGGAAAGUAUGAACUGCGGGACCUCCUAAACAUGUGGGCCAAGGAGUACGGGGACCUUUACAUGUUCAGCAUGUUCGGCUCGCGGUUUGUCAUCCUGAACAGCUACGAUCUCGUCCACGAGGCGUUUCAGAGUCCCGACUUCAACGAUCGUGCUCCUAUUCUACCGUGCAACAAAGCUCUGAACAGAUCUAAUACAGCACGCAUCAGGCCCUUCCUGGACCAGUCUGCAUGUGAGCAUGCUGUGAGAGCGCUCGUCUCGUCUAGGAUCGACUACGCAAACUCCCUUCUCUGUGGCACUUCUGCAUUAAAUGUGAAGCGUCUGCAGCGAGCUCAGAACCGUGCUGCAAAGUUGGUUUUUCGGGCCAAGAAGUACGACCAUGUAACACCUUUCCUACAACAACUUCAUUGGCUCCCCGUUGAAAAGCGCAUAACAUACAAAAUUCUGACUAUUACAUACAAAUGUCUUAAUAAUUCUGCUCCCAACUACCUCACGAAACUCUUACCAAACGAAGGCCAUCUGUGGAAAGAACAACGCAGUUUUGUCACUCAAUAUCUUCGCAAUGUAAAACAGCACAACAGCAACUUUGAGGAUCUGGUGGCAGCCGAAGCGGCAAAACUCAUCAAAAAUUUCGCCAGUCAGGAGGGUACCUUCUUCAAUCCGAUUACAGACAUCGACGUCACAGUCUCCAACGUCAUCACCGGAAUCCUGACGGGAAAGACGUAUGACUACAACGACGAGGAGUUCGUCGAGUUGACCAAGAGGGCCCAGCAGGUCUUCGAAUGGAUGGGUCCUGGAUCGUUCUUCUACCACGUCCCGGUCCUGGCCUACAUGCCGAUGGAGAUUAACAAGAUGGGAGAUGCGGCUGCCAAGGGUAUGUUCGACUUCCUGGAGAAGAUCCUGAAGCGGCAUCGCCAGGCGUAUAACCCUGAGGAUGAGCCGAAAGAUUUGAUAGAGGCAUUCUUGCAUGAAGAGGCGAAUAAGAAAGCACAGGUCAGAGUUGAACCCCGUAUUUUUUUUAAAUUUGUUUCAAAAUAUUUUUUUGUUGAAAGAAUACUGUACAGCUGUAGACAACUCAACCUUCUCUUUAAGCUGCGAAUUAACGUUGAUGUCGGGUCCUUCACUCACCAAUGCCUCAAGCAGGUCGUAUGGGAUUUGAUGUUGGGAGGCAUCGACUCGGUUUCCACCAGCCUCUCAUGGUACUUCCUCUUUAUGGCUCAAUACCCAGACGUACAGGCCAAAGUGCAAGCUGAGCUCGAUAAGGUAAUCGGGCGAGAUCGUCUCCCGUCUCUAUCUGACCGCCAAAAUCUCCCGUUCACGGAAUCGACCAGUGUAGAGUGUUACCGCUUCUGCCGCCUGAUCAACGUCCAAAUCCCACAUCGAACGCGUUGCGACGUAAAACUUGGAGGCUACGACAUCCCGAAAGGAACGAACGUCGGUACGAAUGCAAGCUGGCUCUCCUCAUCGCCCUCGCUUUGGGAGAAUUCUGAAGAGUUCGUCCCAGAUAGGUUCAUCGACAAGGAGACGGGCCUGUACAACAGCAAACUGGAAGCUGGGCUGGUUGAAUUCGGUGUCGGUCGAAGGGUGUGUCCAGGUGAACAAUUGGCUCGUACAGAACUCUUUGUGAUCUUCACUCAUAUCCUGCAUCGUUUCACCCUGCGACUCCCUGAGGGUACGCCCAUCACCCGGGAUGGCAUCAACGGUCUCACCCAUCAUCCCAAGCCUUACAAAAUCACUGCAGCUCCUCGACGUUAA